AUGGACUUUACCUUCCAUCCAGGCGUCAACGGCUCAGAUCCCUGGGUCGAAUUCUACCCCUACAACCCCUCUCUCACAGCCGGAUACGCUUUCAUGGCCAUCUUUGGCCUCGCAACUCUCGCACACAUUGUCCUCAUGUUCCCAUACAGAGCAGCAUACUUUAUCCCCUUUGUCCUCGGCGGAAUAUGCGAGACAUUCGGCUACUACGGCCGCGCACGCUCUCACAACGACCGAACGGGAAUCGGCCCGUGGGCUCAACAGCAGAUGCUCCUCCUUUGCGCACCGCCACUCCUAGCCGCAAGCGUAUACAUGACAUUAUCACGGAUAAUCACAGCCCUAGGCGCCGAGGACCACUCGCCAAUCCGUCCCAAGCGGCUGACGGUGCUCUUCGUGCUGAACGAUGUUAUCUGUCUUCUGACGCAGCUCGUGGGUGCCGGGUUACAAGUCACGGGUGAUGUGCAUAUCAUUGAUAUUGGGACCAAGGCGGUCUUGGCCGGAUUGGUGUUUACUCUUGUUGUGUUUAUCGGAUUUGUGGCCGUUGCGGUGAAAUUUCAGCGGAGAUUGGCAGCUUAUCCGACGAGGGUUUCUGUUGAGCUGGAUGGCGCGGGGUUUGGGUGGAGGAGGUAUAUGUGGUGUCUUUAUGUGGUGUGUGGGUGUAUGAUUGUGAGGAAUUUGGUGAGGACGGUGGAAUUUGGGGCGCCGAAGGGGGCGGAUGUGCGUCAGCGCGAGGUGUAUAUCUAUGUUUUUGAUGGGGGGUUGAUGGCGGUUCUUAUGGGGCUUUGGAUUAUCUGGCAUCCGGGGAGAUUGGUGAAGAGGGCUAGGAGUGUGAAGAGGGGGGUUGAUAGGGAUUUGGGGCCUUUGAGAAAUAAAUAG